GCGAUGCGGACGGGCCUUCGGGCAGCGGGUGGGGUGCGGGCGGCGCGAAGAGGCAGCGGUGCCGGCUGGGCGCCGCCAGGAGCAGAGCCGGAGCCCGGCAGCCGCCUUCGGCCGGCUGGCUCGGCGGGGCGGGGACAGCCCGAGCCCGCCCCGCUCGUGCCCCUGUUCUUUUCCCGGUUCGGCCCGGCCCGGCCCGGCCGAGCAGCGCGGCGGACCCCGUCCCGCGGAGCCGCGUCCGGCCCCGCCGCCGCCAUGUCGGGCGCGGGCGGCCGCGCCGCGCUGCUGCUGCAGCUGCUGCUGCUGCUGCCGGGACCGCCCGGGCUGCUGCAGGCCCGGCCCCGCUACGAGCCCACCUGGGGCUCGCUGGACGCCCGGCCGCUGCCCGCCUGGUUUGACGAGGCCAAGUUCGGCGUGUUCAUCCACUGGGGCGUGUUCUCGGUGCCCAGCUUCGGCAGCGAGUGGUUCUGGUGGUACUGGCAGAAGGAAAAGAGAGAGCCUUAUGUGAAAUUUAUGGACACAAAUUACCCACCUGGCUUCAGCUAUGAAGAUUUUGGUCCUCUGUUUACGGCAGAAUUCUUUGAUGCCAACCAGUGGGCAGAUAUUCUGAAGGCUUCAGGUGCAAAAUAUGUUGUCUUAACUUCAAAACAUCAUGAGGGCUUUACUUUGUGGGGGUCCAAAUAUUCUUGGAACUGGAAUGCUGUUGAUGUGGGACCAAAACGAGAUCUUGUUGCUGAACUAGCCACAUCUCUUAGAAACAGGACUGACUUGCAUUUUGGGUUAUACCAUUCCCUGUUUGAAUGGUUCAAUCCUCUCUUCCUUGAGGAUGCUGCCAAUGCCUUUAAGACAAGAAAGUUUCCAACCAGCAAAUCAUUACCAGAACUCUAUGAAAUUGUGACCAAGUACCAGCCAGAAAUAAUUUGGUCUGAUGGGGAUGGAAAUGCUCCAGAUACUUAUUGGAACAGCACUGGUUUCUUGGCUUGGCUAUAUAAUGACAGCCCAGUCCGGGACACAGUAGUGACCAACGACCGCUGGGGCGCUGGCAGCAUCUGCGCCCAUGGCGGCUUCUACACGUGCAGCGACCGCUACAACCCCGGGCACCUCCUGCCCCGCAAGUGGGAGAACUGCAUGAGCAUCGACCGCAGCUCCUGGGGCUACCGCAGGGACGCGCGGCUCCCCGACUACCUCGCCAUCGAGGACUUGCUGAAGCAACUUGCAGAAACGGUGUCUUGUGGAGGAAAUCUCCUGAUGAAUAUCGGGCCCACUCACGAUGGUCGCAUCGCUGUUGUGUUUGAGGAGCGCCUGAGGCAGAUGGGCGCUUGGCUGAAGGUCAACGGAGAGGCCAUCUAUGGAACGAAACCAUGGAGAGCACAGAACGACACAGUCACACCUGAAGUCUGGUACACUUUCAGCCCUAAAGAAGGAAGAGUCAACACUAUCUUCCUUAAAUGGCCAGUCUCUGGGAUUCUGGAACUUGGUGAGCCACGGGCUAAGCUUGGAGAAACACAGGUGAAGCUGGCUGGGUACAAGGAGCUUCUGAAGUGGGUUGCCCUGGGAGAAAAGGGAAUGGUUAUUUCUCUACCUCAACUGACUCCUCAGCAAUUGCCAUGUCAGUGGGGCUGGACCUUACAACUGACUGAUGUAAAUUGAGCCAUGCUCUGCUGCAGCCCUGGCUAGCAGGGAAUGCUGGUGUUUUGCUCUUUCUUAUUUUAAACUUGUUUGAUUGAGAACCAAUAAAUUCACUUUUUCUAUGAGAA